AUGUUGUGGGAGACUACCAACUCCAGCGAGCUUGAGGCCGCCUUCCCAACGAGCACCAUCAGUCCAACCCUGGCGCCGUUUCCGAAGUCGAAGUUUCGAAACAUUGCACUCAUUGUUGCCGCCAUCAUCGUCAUGGUGCUAGCGACCGUUGUCGUAGUGGUCUUACUCUGCAUUCUCCGCAGGCGCAAACGCAAGGCGCGCGCCGAUAUGGAUCGCGGCUUCGAGAACGAGUCGGGAUUCAGGUCAAUCCCGCUCCAACAACUGAUCGGACCCAAGAUGGCGCAUGUACUAAUCAAAGAUCCUCUGGCCAAGCCUCCCACUUCGCCAAAGCACGAUCCUCGAUUUGCCAUCGGCGACGAUGCCGAUUCCGAUGAUGAAGGCAGGGGGAAUCGCGAACCUAACCCGUGGGGACCGAUAGGAAUGGGACCAAAACCCCCACCCAAUGACAACGGCGGAGCGCCGACCGGCUUCAAGCUUCCACACCCCCUCAAUCUCACAUCCCCGGAUUUUGACACACUAUUGUCGCCCACCAACCAAAGCGAGCCUCUGGCUGAUUUCCUCUCACCAGUUCUAGAACCUGGUUCAGUCGAUUACUUCUUGAGCGAGCAGUAUCUCGACAUCGUCAUCAUCUUCGCGGUGGUAGUUUUCGUGAUUCUGGCUGUGAUGUUAUUCGUGCUCUCAAUUGCGGCCCAUUGUAGACGCAAGAAUAGUGCUCCCGCCGACGUCGAAAAUGGCAUUGAACAAGGCUGGGGCUUCAGAACCAUCCCACCGAGCUGGCUGAGAGGCCUUCAUACAAACCCUGCACUGCAAUAUUGA